AUGGGUAUUUGCAGUUCUUGUGAAUCAACACAUGUAGCAACAGCAAAGUUGAUUUUACAAGAUGGAAGGUUACAAGAAUUCUCAUACCCAGUUACGGUUUCUCGUGUUCUUGCGAAGAAUCCUACCCACUUCGUUUGCAACGCGGAUGAAAUGGAAUUUGAUGAUGUUGUUUCAGCUAUGAAUGACGACGAAGAACUCCAACCGGGUCAGCUUUAUUUUGCUUUGCCAUUGAGUUGGUUAAAGCAUCCAUUACACCCUGAGGAAAUGGCCGCAUUGGCUGUUAAAGCCAGCUCGGCUUUAAUGAAAAGUGGAGGGGCUGAAAAAUGUGGGUGCCGCAAGAAAUUGGUGUUUUCAGUUGAGAAUGACGGGAAGUCAAGCCGAAGAGUGGCGACCGUCGGUGGUGGGCCGAGAAGAAAUGGCGGCGGCAGAAAGUUCUCGGCCAUGUUGAGUGCCAUACCUGAGUAG